AUUACAAAUAAGUAUAUAUUGGAAAUAUAUUUAUUUAGAGCAAUAAAUAAAAAUAAUAAAAGAUAUUAUAGAAUGUCAACUCCAGAAUCAUUAAACCCAGCUCCACUUACUAGCCUUGGAGAUCACUCUUACAAAAAGGUUUUGGAAGACGACUAUUCAACUGGAAAGUUGAACCUCAAAUUUAAGGGAAACACAAAGAAUUUGGGUACAGCCAAUUACAAAGGAUGGUUAGACAUCGCCAAACAAUAAUCUAAAUAAGAGACUAAGUUCCAAUUCCCAUAUAAGAACUAAUUCGUAUAAAUCGCCACAAGAGAAGAUGGAGCAAAAGUCCACGUUGACUUUGGAUAGGUAGCCAAAGUAGGAGACAAAGCAAGAAUUAAUUUAUUCGCCAAUGCCAAGUUUGGUAGCUCUAAUUUUGGAUCUGCUAUACUUAGAUUUGGUGGAGUGACCUAAUGGAAUUAAUUAACUCAUCAUUUACGUUUUGAAUAUAAUCCUACAAAUACUACUGUGAAUGCUUUGAGUAGAACUUUCUGGAAAAAUCAAGAUUGGGUAAUUGCUUCUGCCGAAGAUUUUCAAGUUUUGAGUGGAUUUGGAAUUAGAAGAUUUGAUUUUCUUGUUGGACGUCUUUCAAAGAAUUAUGAUUUCUUUUUCAGAUACUUGACUUAAGAGAAAACCAUAGCCAAAGAAUUAAAUUAAUUGACAACUGGAAGAGUUCUUGUAGAUGUUGUUUUCAGACAGAAUAAAUAAACCUUUGGAUUAGAGGCAGAGUACAACUUGGCUAAAUCUUCAUUGAACGCCUUGGUUGGAGUUUCAACAAAGGUGGAAAAGGUUGAUGUCAAAGCAAGAAUCAAUUUGACCUAAUAGAAACUUGGUUUGAGUGGAAAAGGAAAAUUAAAUGACAGAUUCAAUUGGACCCUAUCAACUGAAGUACCACUCAAUGGAACAGUCCCAUAAAAAUUAGGAUAUUUCCCACUCCCAGUUGGAUUCACAUUAGAUGCAUCAUUAUGAUCAAUAUUAGUAUAUGUAUAGAAAUAAAAUUUAAUUGUGAUUAAUAAGUGGUAA